UUUCCGGGAUUCCACACAGGAAGAUCAUAUCUACGCACACCAUCAUCAGGUAGAUGGAUCCAGUAAUGGGAACUCACCAGAGAGAGGUGCCCGUCCUCUUUUUUCGCGACACUCCACACAGGAAGAUCAUAUCUAUGCACUCCGUGACAAUGUAGAUGGAUCCAGUAAUGGGAGCCCACCAGAGAAAUGUCUCCGACCUCUGUAUUCCCGGGAUUCCACACUGGAAGAUCAUAUCUACGCACAAGAUGACAAGAUAGAAGGAUCCAGUAAUGGGAACUCUCCAGAGAGAUGUCCUCGUCCUUUGUAUUCCCGGGAUUCCAUACAGGACGAUCAUAUCUACGCACACCAUGAUCGUGUAGAUGGAUCCGGUCUUUCUGGUGGGAACUCACCAGAAAGAUGUCCCCAUUCUCAGAAUUCCUGGGAUUCGACACAGAAAGAUCAUAUUUACGCACAACAUGACAAGGUAGAUGAAUCCAGUAAUGGGAACUCUCCAGAGAGAUGUCCUCGUCCUUUGUAUGCCCAGGAUUCCAUACAGGACGAUCAUAUCUACCCACACCAUGAUCGUGUAGAUGGAUCCGGUCUUUCUGGUGGGAACUCACCAGAAAGAUGUCCCCAUUCUCAGAAUUCCUGGGAUUCGACACAGAAAGAUCAUAUUUACGCACAACAUGACAAGGUAGAUGAAUCCAGUAAUGGGAACUCUCCAGAGAGAUGUCCUCGUCCUUUGUAUGCCCAGGAUUCCAUACAGGACGAUCAUAUCUACCCACACCAUGAUCGUGUAGAUGGAUCCGGUCUUUCUGGUGGGAACUCACCAGAAAGAUGUCCCCAUUCUCAGAAUUCCUGGGAUUUGACACAGAAAGAUCAUAUUUAUGCACAACAUGACAAGGUAGAUGGAUCCAGUAAUGGGAACUCAACAGAGAGAUGUCCCUGUCCACUUUAUUCCCGAGAUUCCACACAGAAAGAUCAUAUCUAUGCACAACAUGAUCAUAAUGAUCAUGUAGAUGGAUCCAGUAAUAUGAAUUUACCAGAAAGAUGUCCCUAUCCUCUGAAUUCCCGGGAUUCAACACAGGAAGAUCAUAUCUAUGCACAUAAUGAUCAAAAAGAUGGAUACAGUACUGGGAACCCAUUAGAGAGAAGUCCCCAUCCUCUGUAUUCCCUGAAUUCCACACAGGAAGAUCAUAUCUACACCCACAAUGAUCAAACAGAUGGAUCCAUUAAUGGGAACCCACCAGAGAGUUGUCCUCGUCCUCUGUAUUCCCGGGAUGCCACACAGGGAGAUCAUAUCUACGCACACCAUGAUAGGGUAGAUGGAUCCAGUAAUGGAAACCCACCAGAGACAUGUCCCCAUCCUCUGUAUUCCCAAAGUUCCACACAGGAAGAUCAUAUCUAUGCACACAAUGAUCAAACAGAUGGAUCCAGUAAUGGGAACCCACCAGAGAGAUGUCCGCGUCCUCUGUAUUCCGGGGAUUCCAUACAGGAUGAUCAUAGCUACGCACACCGUGAUCAACUAGAUGGAUCCAGUAAUGGGAACCCACCAGAGAAUUGUCCUCGUCUUCUGUAUUCCCGGGAUUUCACACUGGAAGAUCACAACUAUGCUCAACGCUAUCAGUGUGAUGAUCUGAUGAAUAUGGAAGUUGGGAGCGAAGCAGAAGAAGCGGAGGUCAAUAUGAGGGGUGAUCAGAAGUCAACGGAGGAAAGUGGGAUGAUGGCGACAGACAUUGAGAAGAGGUUUUCUAUGGACGACACUAAAGAUGGAUCCAGUAAUGGAAACCCACCAGAGAAAUGUCCCCGUCCUCUGUAUUCCCGGGAUUCCACGCAGGAAAAUCAUAUUUACGCACACCAUGAUCAUGUAGAUGGAUCCAGUAAUGGAAACCCACCAGAGAAAUGUCCCCGCCCUCUGUAUUCCCGGGAUUCCACACAAAAAGAUCACACCAUACCCCACCAUCAUCAGGAUGAAGAAUUGAUUAAUAGGAAAACUGAGGUUGAAAAGGAGAAAGAAGAAACAUAUGAGAAGGGUGAUCAGCAAAUUAUGGAGAAGGAUGAAAUGAUGAACACUGCUAAAGAGGUGGACUCUUCCCCAGAUAUCAGCUCAGGUUAUAAUGCAGAAGAUAAGGGCAUCGCGCAAUGUCCUCCAGAAGCAAAUCCUAUUACUGAUAAUAUAUGUGACAGACCUCACCAUUUGGAGGAAUCGAUGGAUACGUCUAAUCCUGAGGAACCUUCUGAUAAAUCCCAUACUAUGACCUCAGAUGUCCAUCUAAGAUCAAUGGGUCCUUCUAAUCCUGAGGAACCUUCUGAUAAAUCCCGCACUAUGACAUCAGAUGUCCAUCUAAGAUCAAUGGGUCCUUCUAAUCCUGAGGAAUCUUCGAAUAAUUCCCAUACUAUGAAAUCAGAUGUCCAUCUAAGAUCAAUGGAUCCUUCUAAUCCUGAGGAACCUUCUGAUAUAUCCCAUACUAUGACAUCAGAUGACCAUCUAAGAUCAAUGGAUCCUUCUAAUCCUGAAGAACCUUCUGAUAAAUCCCAGCCUAGGACUUCUAUUUUCCAACCAAAAUCUGAAAGUGCGGAUACAACACGAGAUCCAUCUCGGGGAUGUCACACGGGUGAAGGUCCUUCUUCCUUUUCAUAUUUUGCUCGGAGAGAAAAGCCUAAUCUACCCCAAGAAAGUCACACAGGCAAGCCCUUAUUCUCAUGUUUAAAGUGUGGGAAAAGUUUCAACCACGAAGUGGAGCUUCUGAGACACCAGGAAAUUCAUACAGAUUUUUUUACCUGUUCGGAGUGUGGAAAAUGCUUCACCCGUAAAGCAAAUCUUCUUGACCACCUCAGAAUUCACACAGGGAAGUCUCUUUUUUCAUGUUCAGAGUGCGGGAAAUGUUAUACUCAGAAAGCAAAGCUUAAGAGACACCAGAAAAGUCACACCAAUGGGCGCCCAUUCUCAUGCUUAGACUGCGGGAAAACUUUCACUCAGAGAACGGGUCUUCUAAGCCACCAAAGAAUUCAUACAGGUGAGGACCCUUAUGCCUGUUCAGAAUGCGGAAAGUGUUGCUUUGAUAAAAAAGCACUUCUUACGCACCAGAGACAUCACACAGGUGAGCGCCCCUUUUCAUGUCAAGAGUGCGGGAAGAGUUUCAUCCACAAAGAAUACCUUCAUAACCACUUCAAAAUUCACACAGGCGUGCGUCGUUUCACGUGCACGGAGUGCGGGAAAAGUUUCCUUUACAACAGAGACCUUACUAUACACCACAGAGUACACACGGGCGAGCGACCUUUUUUGUGUUCGGAGUGCGGGAAGUGUUUCCCUUUCAAAAGUGGACUCGUUACACACCAGAGAGUUCACACGGGCGAGCGCCCCUAUGCUUGUGCAGAGUGUGGAAAAUGUUUCAUCGAGAAAGGAGGACUCCUUAAGCAUCUGAGGAUUCACAUGGGUUAAACUUCCCUUUUGGAUGUUCAGAGUGCGGGGAGUGAUUCACUCAGAAAUAGUACUUCUUACACAGGGGGGAGCUUCCCUACUCUGCUUAUGCUCCACCUAGCCUCUCCAGAAGUCCUCUUGAUGUUCCGAGAGUGAAAAUAAAUUAAGUAAAUAAGUAAAAUAAAUUUGAUUACACAGAGUGCUCACAGCUGCUAACAAGGUUGAAAAGGUACGAUGGCAGCAAAUGUAUGUAAACCCGAACAAUGAACUUCUUUUCUGUUGUCCCUUUUUGUUCUGUUAAAUAAACCAUUGAAAGCA